AUGGUUGCUCAGCAGCAGCAGCCCCCACAAUCUCCACAGUGCCCGGGAGCCAUGCAGGCAGCCCGGCACGGGAGCAGGGAGCAGGGCAGCUCUUCUCUGCUCUCCUCUCUUCUCUUUCCCUCUCCUCCUCUCCUCUGCGGGUGGCUCAGUCCCGCCCGGCUCCGCUGCCCUGCUCCCGCAUCCCUCCCCUGCCGCGGGCUCUUCCUCCGGCCGCUCUGCCCGCCUGCGAGGCUGCUUGCCGAAAAUAACCUCCAAAAGGAUAGAUUAAUCCCACGGAGCGGGGUGGGAGCGACUCAAAGUGCUCCGGAGCCACUAAUGUCCUGCGCGCAUCGUGCCGGGGAGGAGCUGCAGCCCGAGCCCGGGGCAGGGGCGGCCGGUCCCGGGGCGCUCGGGGGCGCGGAGCCGCUGUGCCCGCUCCGCACGGGGCAUGUGAACCGCGGGCACCGCCGCCCCCCGCCGCCCCCCCGGCAAAUCCCGGCGGCACCCGGGCACCGCAGCUGCAGCCCGGCUCCAGCAUCGCUCCGAGCGCCCCGGCCAUGGCAAAUGCCGCCUCUCCGCUGGCUGCGCGCUGUCCCGACCCGGCCGUGCCACCGAGAGGGGCAGAGCCCGCAACACAAACUUCUGCCUCGCCGCUCUCGGGCUCCUGAGGGGCUUCUCUACAGUGAAACGCUCGGAGCAGUUCAUUGCUCCAUCUCGGGCUGCCAUCGUCCAGCUUCCACCUCUUGUGCCUCGCGAACUCCCGGACCUCCGCCCGCUCCCGGACACCGCGGCUCCCGGCACGGGGCUCCUCGGGACCUCGGGCUCAUCCUGACUUGCAGCCUGGUCAUUUGGAAAGAACUGUCAGCAUGGAAGAUCAUGAGAUCAGUUUUAGUAAGGGAGAACAGCAAAUAUCUCCUCUAGUGUUUCUAGAGGAGGAGGAAGAAAGACAAGAGGGAGAAGAAGAAAAAGAAGAGGAAAAAGAAGUAAGAGAAGAGGAAGAAGAAGUAAAAAGAGAAAAAGAAGAAAG